AGCGACGGUGAUGGUGAGAAUGAUUAUGACAAUUAGAGCCUGUAAAUUGAUGGCUCCUUAUAUCUCAUUUAGGCACAUAAUCUGAAGACAGCUAGUAGAUAAAUUAAAUCACCUCUUCAGCUGAAACCUUUCCCACCCUCCUCUUUCUCCAGCUCUCUUCCUAGCUGUCAGACAAGGACUCUCACACCUCGUUCACAACUCAAGGCAAGGCCGGUGAAGCCUGUCACAGCCCUGGAACUUUAACCCCUGAUGGACCAAAUGUCAAAACAGAUGCGCAAGGCUGCUUAUUAACCAUGAAGUCAGAGUGCGCCCUGCUGAGGUGCCCUUGAGCAAGAGGCUCACCCUGCUGUGCACCUGACCCUUCCCCCAAGAACACGCAGGGCAUGGAGCAUCUCCCUAAAGGGGAUCAAUGAGGUAUCACAUUAUAGCCUACAUGAUCUGCUUAGAUGCUGAGAUCUCCCUGUUGUGCGUUCAUCUCUGCGCGGGAGCAGCGGAACAGCUCCCAUCCUGACUGACAUUUGCUCUGUAGCCUAUCCACCCACCAACCCACCCAACCACCACCACCACCACCACCACCAGUCUCUCUGACGAGAAUCAUCCACACAGAGAACAUUGUGUGGAGCAGGCUCCGGUCGGUGCGUGUCAGCUGAGCAGCUGAGAGGAAGAGGGAGGGUGAGACAGAGAGAGAGGGAGAGAUCCUCCUUGGCACACACCCGUCAGUGUGGCAGUGUGAUUGUGACUGACUGGGCUGACAGACGGGAGAUUCUGGAGGAAACACGCAGGACAGGGACGACACACUCUCCGGGUUUCUCCUCUCUGUCACCGUUGCCACGGCAGAUGGUUUUCUAGCUGCGCCGCCUGUAUCCACCUCAGCAUCGGAUUUUGCUUCAUUUUGUUUUUCCUCCUUGAUUGGCUGAAGCGGGGCUGAACCCAGCCAACCUGGGCCGGGCUGUGGGGCUGUUCAGCGAGCCUUAUAGCUGAAGUUGGCACCCGAGAUGAGCGCCUGGAGACCCGGGAGCGCGGCUCUCUCCUCGCCGGGGAGAGCGUCUGGGUCGUGGCGGUGCUGGUGGUGGUGGUGGGUUGUGUUGAUCGGGGUGGCAGUGGGCUCUAGAGACCCGUGGAUGUCCGCGGAGGCAUGCCCGCCGUCUUGCUCUUGCAGCAGCACCAGGAUAUCCUGCGUGGACCCGGAGCGGGGUAUCAAUGCUUUCCCCGUCCUGCAGAGCGAGGCGGAGAUGGAGAACAUCACCGACAUCUACAUCGCUAACCAGAGCAGUUUCUCCUCCAUCAACGACAAAGACCUGCACUACUACAAGAAUCUCAGGAACCUAACGGUGACCAACAGCAGGCUAACAUAUGUAUCGAAGCUGGCCUUUCAAAACAACCUCAAGCUACAGUACCUGAAUCUGAAAGAUAACAACCUGUCAUCGCUGUCCUGGAGGAUAUUCAAACACCUCAACAUCUCUUAUCUGAUCCUGACAGGGAACCCUCUGCACUGCUCCUGUGAGAACAUGUGGAUCAAGCUGUGGUUAGGAGAGGAGGCAGACACUCAGGAGCUGCGCUGCAUCGAGGAUGGAGGAGCACGCAAGCUGCUGUCCAGACUGACACUGCCUAACUGUGAGGUUCCCAUGGCAACGUUGAGCCCGUCCAAAGUGGUAAAAAUGGAGGGGACACAAGUGGAGCUGUCCUGUACGACCUCUGGAGUGCCCUCUCCUGAGCUCAUAUGGAACAUGGCGUUGGUCUCCAACUAUGAGAUCGUGACAUCAGGCCAGGUGUCAGUGCUGCGACUGUACAACCUGUCGUCGCUGGACCACAACAGCAAGAUCAGCUGCACAGCUGAGAACAUUGUUGGAGAGAAAGAGUCCUCGCUGCUGCUGGAUAUACUCUUUCCUCCUAAGAUCACUAAGCUGAGUGAUGCGAUCCCUGACCAUCACUGGUGCAUCCCUUUCAGUGUCUCAGGAAACCCAGAGCCGCACCUACAGUGGUUUCUGGAUGGUGAAGCAGUGACAGAGGAUGUCUACAUCAUGACCAUGAUCCAUGACAUCACAGAGAGAGAAUACCACGGCUGCCUGCAGCUGGACAGCCCCACACACCUCAACAAUGGCCGAUACACGCUUUUGGCUAAAAACCAAUAUGGGUUGGACCAAAAGGAGGUGGAGGCUCACUUUAUGCGCAAGCCCUGGAAUGGAACGGAGAAGGAGCCUUACUAUUAUGAACUAACCACAGAGGGCCCCCCUGCAGACCCUCCUGAAGACAGAGUCGCUGUGUAUGUGGUGGUCGGCAUCGCUGCUGUAGCCUUCACUGGUUUCCUUCUAAUGUUGGUUAUUCUCAAGUUUGGAGGAAAUUCCAAGUUUGGCAUCAAAGGACCAUCCUCCGUCAUCAGUAACGAUGAUGACUCCGCCUCUCCUCUUCACCACGUCUCCAACGGCAGCAACACUCCAUCUUCCUCAGAGAUGGGCCCUGACGCAGUGAUCAUCGGCAUGACCAAGAUCCCAGUGAUAGAAAACCCUCAGUACUUCAGGAGCACAAACAGCCUGCUCAAAACUGACACGUUCGUCCAGCACAUCAAGAGACACAACAUCGUGCUGAAGAGAGAGCUGGGAGAAGGAGCCUUUGGAAAAGUCUUCCUGGCUGAGUGUUACAACCUCUCACCUGACCAGGAGAAGAUACUGGUGGCUGUCAAGACGCUCAAAGAGGCCAGUGAAAAUGCCAGGAAGGAUUUCCACCGUGAGGCUGAGCUGCUGACCAACCUCCAGCACGAACACAUCGUCACUUUCUAUGGAGUCUGCGUGGAGAGCGACCCUCUCAUCAUGGUGUUUGAGUACAUGAAACACGGUGACCUCAACAAAUUCCUCAGGGCUCACGGUCCUGACGCAGUUCUGAUGGCAGAGGGCCAGACAACCAGACCUGUGGAGCUGACCCAGUCACAGAUGCUGCACAUCGCCCAGCAGAUAGCAUCUGGCAUGGUCUACCUGGCAUCACAGCACUUUGUGCACCGUGAUCUGGCCACCAGGAACUGCCUGGUGGGCGAGAAUCUGCUGGUAAAGAUCGGAGACUUUGGCAUGUCCAGAGACGUCUACAGCACUGACUACUACAGGGUAGGUGUCGGAGGUCACACCAUGCUGCCAAUCCGUUGGAUGCCCCCUGAAAGCAUCAUGUACAGAAAGUUCACCACAGAGAGCGAUGUUUGGAGUCUAGGAGUUGUUCUCUGGGAGAUCUUCACAUAUGGAAAACAGCCGUGGUAUCAGCUCUCCAAUAAUGAGGUGAUAGAGUGUAUAACCCAGGGCAGGGUGCUGCAGCGCCCCAGGACCUGUCCUAAAGAAGUGUACGACCUGAUGCUGGGCUGCUGGCAGAGAGAGCCGCACAUGAGACUCAACAUCAAAGAAAUCCACGGUCUGCUCCUCAAUCUGGCCAAAGCCUCACCUGUAUACCUGGAUAUACUGGGCUGAACACAGGAGGAGGACGGAGGAUGUGUGCGUGUGUGUGUGUGUGUGUGUGUGGGGGGGGGUUUGAGUGGAGAUGGUUACUGUAUCUUAGUGUGUGUGUGUGUGUGUGUGUGUGUGUGUGUGUGUGUGUGUGUGUGUGUGUGUGUGUGUGUGUGUGUGUGCAUUUGCAUGCAUGUGUGUGAGUGUGUGUGGUAGGGUGGACCCGGUGACACCUGUGAAUAAAACGAAGUGUGCGAUGCUCGUGCAAGUGUGCGCGUGCGCAAGGUACCGCUGUACAGGAUGUGAAGCUAUUAUCAAACUCUUAAAGGCAAUCAAAAAAUUCCUCAACUCAUCCCCCAACCACGUCUUUCCUCCCUGCCAAUUUCCUCUCCUUUGUGCAUCUUUACUCCUUCUCCCCCUUCCUUCCCGGAGAGACAUUUACUAAGAGUAAUUUAACUUUGGAGGGGAUAAAAAAAGCUUCUCACUUCUUUUCAAAUGCUUUAAACUGACUGGGGCUAAAUUGAUGAAAACCUGAUUAACAGGACUUUAAAUUUAGUGACUCAUCCCUUCGCUGCCUGUCGGACAAUAGGACUAGUUUGAAGAUCCGGAAAUUUUUCAAGGAGGCGCAGCACUGGGUGGAUUUCCGGAAGCUUCGAUUCCUUUUUGCGUGUAAAUAUGAGACUGUACGAUGGUGAGACAUUUCAGAGGAAAUGGCUCUGUGCGAUGUCGAGCCAUAAAGACACUGUGUUUUCCCCUCUCACCCUGUCUGUCUGUCUGUCUGUCUGUCUACCCGUCUGUCUGUCCGUCUCUCAGAACCGUACAUGAGUAUUAAUGUCAGCAUUCAUCCAACAUGGCCAGAAAAUGACUCCACAGUUGAUGAUUAACACGCUGGUAUGCAUACAGUAGGUCGACUGUACCAGAAAAAUGACUAAGAAAAGAAAACACAAGCUGGUUUCUGCCUGUCAGAUCAAGUUAGGAGGUUUUUGGUUGGCCAGUUUCACGGAAAAUAAUAAAAUCACUAACAAUACAGUGCCUACUGAAGCUGAACAGCUGUGGUGAAAAAGGCUGAGGUAUUGUAAUAUACUAGAAAUAAAUAAAAAAGAAAAAAGACUCGCUUGAUCUGGCACUGAUCUACAAUAUCUCCUCAUGCAGCAGUCUGAUAUACAUGAUUAUGAGGAUAUAUGCACUCACAUAUGCAUACUGUUUUCUGUCACACAUUUAGUUUGCUCAGGCCUGGACUGCACUGUCAUACACAUGGCACAGGGUAACAUGAUGACUACUCCCCCCCCCCCCUGAAGUGACAGAUGCUUCACUUGAGAUUUCAAGCUCUCGUGUUAGAGGUCAAUUGAUUCAUUUGUCCGCAGCUGUCCCGACAAUCGUGAGGUCUUGGUGUUGAGGGGGGGGUGGAGGGCGUAAAGGUUGCUAAGGGAGGCUGGGUUUUGAGUGGUCAGAUCACGGUCAGAUGUGUGGGCGGCGGCGCUGUAGAAGGUGUGGUUCAUUUGGUCAACCCAUAUUAAAUCAUCAAGGCUCUCAGCACUCAGACAUCCUUGAAAACCACAUCUGUGCUUGAGGGGAUGCACAUGAGAACGCACGCGCACGCACACACUGUAUACCUUAUCCCGUCAUCCGUCCAUCUCUGCACACACACACACAGGGAAAGACACUCAAAACGGGACAAGAAGGAAAUUGAAUUGUGCAUGUUUUAUUAUUUGAGCGGUGCAGUGCUUUAGCCAGGCCCCAUCCACUGUAAUGGUGUAAUGUAUAUUUCAUUACAGCCUAAUGGGCUCCAUUAGCACAGUCUCCUCACAGACAUUCAAGACUUAUUGUUUUAUGGCUGAGAAGGAAGGAUGGAGGGAUGGAGAGGUGAAGGAGAAGAAAACAGAGGGAGAGAGAGAGAGGGGCCUGGAAUGAGGAGCAGCAGAGGGGAGAAAUAAGAGGAGAGGUAAUAACGCAUAUUGGGAGAGAAAUGGAGGGGAAGGGACAGAGUUCAGAACGGAAGCAAUGGAGUAGAAAGGAGAAGACGAUGGGAGGGAAAAGGUACGAAUGGGUCGCGUAAAGAAAGAUGGAGGAGAAAGAAAAAUAGAGGGAGAGAGGGGGGGCGAGUGAGAGGAGGUGCGAAUGUCCUCAGGGAGAAAGUGAGAGUGAGCAUCCAUCAUGACUGUGGCCUGCAGAUGUUCUGUAAAGCCACAACUUCGACUUCACGCUCCCAUCGCAUUCCUACGGCUGGCCUCAACCACACGCGUGCACAUUUUUACUGGCAACCCACCAACAGCUUACACUGAAAAUGAACUCAAUAAUACGCCACACAUCCCCAUUAUUGAGAACCACUACAGUCACUUACAGCUCAGCUUGCGUAUCUGGUCAAAUGCUUACAGACUCUCUGUAUAUAUAUACACACACACACACACACACACACACACACACAACUGCUCACAUUGCAUGCAAGGAGACACAUUUAAUGUUUGUUUUUGCAUUUUACUGGGGCAUAUUUUACUCUUUACGGACAUAAUAAAUAGUCAUAAUCACCGCGGUUUCACUGACAGCCAUUUGAAUUCGCUGUAAAACAUCAAUCUGGAAUUACAUUUAUUAACAACAGCACUUGAUGGAAUUGGUGUUUGUGAACUUGAAAAUGUUGAUUUGAUUGAUUUAUAGUAUUAUUUAUAAAUUAAGAAGCAUUUUGUACAUUUCUUUCUAUAUCUAAGGUUGCCUUUUGCAACGACAAACUGAAACUGAUCACUGGUUUAAUUAUGUUUUAGCUAAUGUGUAAGAUAAUCUUGAGUGUAUAUGUAUUUUUUAAGUCAGGCUCCCUCUUAGCAGCUACCUAGCCUGUCCUUAUGUACGGCGUGCUCUACAGUAGGGAUGGAUGUUUCACCAGUAUGCCACAUCUGUAGAUUUAGUUUGACACGUUGCUAAAUUAUUGUCACCUGUCAGCGCGUGAGAGCGAGGGGUUAAUGGCUGUUAGCAAGACGGGCUAACAUGGUCUUCAAAAAUCCAUCCCUGCUGUACAGUCCAGUAGAGUUUGCACUGAGUGAGCACACUCAACACGAUUAAAAAAAAACAAAAACUUGCCACACAAUAACUCUGUGCAAUAACAGAGGCCAGGGUGUUUGAGGGCCUGUGUGAGACACAACAGUGCAUACGAACGCCUCCGAUGUCAAAAGAGUGGAGAACGUCAACGCAACAUCUCAGCUGGCUGCACUGCGUGUGAAUUUACCCGCUGUGUUUCCUUUUUUUUUUUGUUUUUUUAAUAAUGAACUGUGUCGAGUCGGACAGCGGUGAUGUUUUUGACAGUUAUGGGAAGAGACUGUGAGAGGGAUGUUACAAUGAAGACUUGUCAGCACAACGCAGGAGCGUUCUGUGAAACUUUAACUUGAGAUCGGCUGUCUUUGCAUCGAUGCCUCAGAUCAAAGAAACUGGUCAAACAAAGAAAAAAAAGGAGGAAUAACAACAACUGCUGUAUGAAUGGACACCUCAGAAAAAAGGAGGGACUGACAAUCACAGACUUCUCUCUUUCUCUCUCUUCUUCAAGUGACCUACUGUAACAUAGACUACUCAACCAACUUUCCUCUUCUAUGCUGCCUAUACUGUACGUGAUAGUCUUAAACUUUGGUCUCUAGAAGUGCUACUUUUUCUUUUUUUUUUCUUCUCCUUUUUUGUAAAAUGAAAUAACAGCGAGAGGAAUGAACAAAAAUACAUGUACAAAUGUGAAUAAGCUGCUGAAAGAACUAAGCGUCGCUAACUGCUGUGUCAGAGACUGUGUCAGUAUCUAGAUUGUACGAUUUUUUUGUCUUAGAAGCGGAGGGCAGAGAGACUGGGUAGCUACGUGGGACUCACAAAUACAUAAAAUGACAUACAGCAGCCCCCGGGGUGCAGAGGGUUUGCUCAUUCUCCUGGUGGUGUGUGUGUGUGCGUGUGUGUGUUUAGAAGACUGAUUGAUGCCGUAGUGAGUCAGGAGGGAUCCGUAGGCCAGUGUUCAGACUCCGGUCAAAUCCUAGUUCAAAUGCAAUGAGAUUCAAGGGAGGAAUCAGGAAUUGAUUUGUUGUCGCUGUUCACCAAUUCAUGAUAAAUGACUUUACCCAGUCGUGUAGGACUGAGGUUGGUAUUAUGGCAGCUAAGAUUUAUGGAAUCACUCAAUUGCUUUAUUUAUGACUCAAAAAAAAAUCCGCCUUCUUCUCCACACAGCUCACUAAAGCCUGGGUUUCACAGAGGUAUAUCAGCAAUAUUAAUGGAUAUUUUCUUUUGCCUCACUACAACAUAAAAACGGCACUGAGUUUGGGCUAAACCAUGUGACUCAGCAGCAAGCACAUUCCUCAUACAGAUACUCAUCACAACUUUGACUGUGUUAUGAUCCAUAUCACAUUUAAUCCCCCCCCCCCCUCUCUCUCUCUCUCUCUCUCUCACAACUCUCACAUCACAGUCUGAGCUAAUAGAGCUGAAAUAUCACAAAGGUCAUCUUUAAGAUUAGCUUUGUGCUUGGAUGCUUCUGGAGCCCCAACGCCCCGACGAAUGUAACACCACAAAAACUGCUUAACUGCUGCAAAAAAAAAAAUGAAACUGUGAUUUGCUACAUGCAGUAUCUCUGUUUUUCAGUAUUUUUGGUUCUGUGCUAUUUGUCUCUGUGUUUAGAGGGUUUUUUCUGCCGCCACCGUGGUAGCGAAAAAAAAAAAGAA